AUUCCUCUGGGGCAGUUAUUACAUACCUCCCCCCUCUUUGAAACCUGUAUGCAGUUUACAGGUUAUGCUCUGAGGAAAUGGAAAUGUUGUAAAAGGUGAAUCGUGAGAUGGGUGGAUUGUGUGCAAUCACACUUACUUACGGAUCAAACCCCCCACUCAGUGAGUGCAGGCUGUUUUUGAAAACAUGCAAUAUGUGUGAUGAUAACGAUAAUGAAUAACAACGCAUUGGUACAGUGUUACUUCCAUUUGAAGAGCAUUGAAGGGGGAAGCGAAAAAUAAUUAUUCGCAGCUGUGGAGAACUAAUGCCAGUUAAACUUUCCAGGACAAUAUAUCGACGUCAAGAAGAAAAUAAUUUUGAAUGACCUGAAGUACAACCCAACUUAAAGCGUUGUUUUGCAGCAUCAAUUGUCUUGCUAUAAACAUAUGAGUUUACAUCUGAAUGCUGUGGGUGGGGAAAUUCUGCCGCAUUUGUCAUGAUUGAAACAACCUUCAUGAGGAUAUAAUUACAAGCUACAAAUGAAGCUGUAGAGUUACAGCCUUCAGUUCCUGCCGUUAUUUCCCAGCGUGCUGAGUAAAGUGUCUACUGUGGGUCCUUGCUGUGUUUUUAGAAGACUUUGAAGCAAGCUUGAGCUGCGUGACUUUCGCCAUGUUGGAGCAGAUUUUGGCCGAUAUGUACAUUGAGCCUGAACUCUUGGCUGAGCUAAAUGAAGAACAAAAACAGAUCCUCUUCUUUAAAAUGAGGGAAGAGCAAGUUCGGAGAUGGAAGGAAAAAGAGGCGUUGCUGGAGAAAGAGCAGUCGCUGGAGAAGAAAUCAAAGAAAGCCAAUGAAAAGUCAGUGAAGUGGCUGCUGGGUUCAGACAGUGAUGUGUGGGUCUGGGUAAUGGGAGAACACCUUCAAGACAAAACUUACGACCAGAUCUGUGAUGACAUCAUGGCAGAGAGAGCACGCCAGCAAGCACAGCGAGAGGCAGAGGAGAUCAGGAAAAGGAAUGAGGAGGAGCUGGUUAAAAGAUUUUCCAAUGCACUGUCCCUGGAGCCCCAGAUUGACAGCUCUCUAGACAGCUGGAAGAAGAAGGCUAUUGAGGAAGAGCAAGCCAGACUAACUGAGGCUGCUGAACAGAAGAGAACCGAGUUGGAAUUAAAGAUGAAGGAGGAAGAAGAGAGACGGCGACAUGAGGAAGAACUGAAACGAUUAGAGGAAGAGAGAACCCAGCAGAUUUAUAUGGACCUCAAGGAAGUCCAACAAACCGUGCAGAAGAGAGAAGACAAGGAGUGGCAGGAGUCACUGAGGAAGUCUAAGGCAGCAGAUGUGCGAAGGAGGUCUAUUGCGAAACAAGCAAGAGAUGACCACAAGCGUCACUCGCUGAAGGCUGUUGAACAUGGUAGAGUGGCGGCCAUGUCAAAGGCAUUUGGUGGUGGAAAGCCUCUUCCACCAAAACCGAAGCCAAGAAAUAACAUCCAACGUGGUCACGUGACUGGAAGUAAGUCAGGACUCCAGAGGACACUCUCUACCUCGACCCGAGAGGUCAUCAUCAGGUGGUUUAAAGAAGAGCAGAUCCCGCUUCGAGCUGGCUACGAAAAGCACACUGAGCGUCUUGCACCUUGGUUUCAUGGCAUCAUAUCGAGAGAGGAGGCAGAGGAUCUGCUCAGCUCAAAGGGGCAAGGAUCCUUUCUGAUCCGAGUCAGUGAGAAGAUUAUGGGCUACGUGCUUUCCUACCGAUGCCAAGACAGUUUCAAACAUUUUCUCAUCGAUGCCUCUGAGGAUUCCUACUGUUUUCUUGGCGUCGAGCAGCUGGUGCAUUCAACGCUAUCUGAUCUUGUUGAGUAUCACAAGGUGGAGCCAAUUACUAUGAUGGGAAGAGAACAGCUUCUUGAACCCUGUGGACAGACGGGCAAUUGCCUGGAUUACUUUGAUCUUUUUCAAUGACAGAGAUUGCUAAAACAUGCCAUGAGGGAUUAAGGUCAAAUCACUGGCUGCUGUGGUUUUAGAAUGUUGUACUUGUGGUCAUACACUUCUCUACUAAAGUAACACACCUGAACUUAUAAAGUAAUCUUUUACCUGGAUGCAAAGGCUAGAGGUAAACAAUUGUAUUCACUGUCUUCAAAAGAUGGGUUAGUGGCUUUUUAUGGAGUCAGUGAUGGAAAUAAGCCUCCUAUUGCAUAGUUGUUUCACCCAUUCCAGGUUUUACUAUGAGCUUGGUUAGCCACAGUGUAUAGGUAACAAGCUCAGGUGUGUCUUACUAACAUAAUAAAACCAAAAAUGGAUUAAACUACUACUAUCCAUCCCUGUUAUUGUAUGAUUUGCUACUAUUUUGUUUUUAAACAGCAAACUAAAAAAAGUUGUACUGUGCACACCAAUAUUAUUGUUGUCCAUACAUUUUUUUUUAAAAUAUACAUAUACAGUAACAAAAAAUAAUAAUAAUUAACCUGUUAAGGCCUUAGUAGUAGAAUGAUGAUUUAUUCUGUAGUUCUGAAGUAUCGCAGCCAAGUAAGCUAUCUGUAUACACAGGUUUCAUUUUACUUUAAUCGCUUCAAUGUCUUACAGACAGUGCGUGUUAGUGUUAUUUUUAUGUCAAUGCUGUUUUCUACUAAAGAAAGUUUAGUGGUGAAUACCUAUUUCAAUAUCAGUUUUGUGAUUAUGGCCAGGGUGAAUCAAACACAGUUUUAUAAAAAAUAGGCAAUUUAUUGUGUACAUAAUGUAUGGUAAGAAAAAAGCAUGUGUCUGAACAAACUUGACUGGACUAAAGAAAAAGUGAAAUAGAUGUGUGAUUAAAUGAGUAAAUGUUUUUAAUAUAUCAUUUAAUAAAGAUGUGAAUACAA